UGUGCUGUGUCCCUCGGACACAGCGGAUCACUGAUCAACGGAAAGAGCCGAAGAUGUUGGCUUGGUCAUGUGAUCAGCUGUGUUCAAUCACAGCUGAUCACAUGGGACAUGUACAUAGAUCAUCAGAGCACUGAUGAUCUGUGUAGCCCCAGCAGUGCCACCUGUCAGUGUCCAUCAGUGCCAGCUGUCAAUGCUCAUCCAUGCCACCUUCCAGUGCCCAUCAGUGCCACAUUUCAGUGUCCAUCAGUGCCACAUCUAUACCACAUAUCAGUGCCCAUCUGAGCUGCCUUUUAGUAUCACCCAUCAGUGCCAGUCAGUGUCACCUAUCAGUGCUGCCAAUCACAUAUCAGUGCCACAUAUGUCAGUGCCAGUCAGUG